AAUACAUUUAAAAAAUCUUAUAGUUUUUGCACACUUAAGAAUUAUUUAUUUUUUCCUUCAUCUAUUACCUAUUAUAUUUUGUAACGCAAAAGUAAUUGUAAAUUUUUUUCGUAUAAAAUUGUAAGGAAUAAAAAUUCCGAAUUUGAUAAAGGCUUGAUGAAGAAAUAUAGUGGUGGUUGUUUGUCAAGCCAGUACUUUCAUUAAGCGGAGCAGUUAUAGGAGGGUUAAAAUAGAAAGUGUAGUGGCGUAGGGAUGAGAGAUCAAAAGAUUCUUCCCCCUUGUUACGGUCGCAUAUAAACGUCCAUUAGUUGGUGUUGCGCAAUGCGUUCCAGCAACUCAAUUUACAGAAUCUAAUUCUCAUUUUGCCUUUAUCUCACCACGCCAAGAUUAAUUAUAUUCAUCACGUUAAUGAUUCACAAUAUUUUAAAAUGCUUUUUAUAAUAAUACUUCAGAAUUUUAACAAUAUUACUAUUCUUUAAUGUGUAAUUAACUGUAAAAUAAUAAGUACUUUUACAGAGAAGACAAGAACGAUACUAAAUCUUUUUUUAUCCUUUUUUAGUGAGAGUAAAAACAUUAUCUGUAAAAAUUUGCAUUACUUUUUUACUUGGAUAUUUGUCCAAAAAUACAGAGUUAUAUCUUGUAUUAAUUAUCUAUUUUAUUAAUUUUUAUUCUUUGAAAAAGAAUGUUUCCCUCGCUCUCUUUUCUGCACAAAAUUUUUAUUUAAAAAAUGGAACGUUAUACAUACUUCUUUAUCUGCUAUUGGAGAAGCACUUUUUAAUUCUCAUUCUCUGUAAGUAUUAAUUUAAUAAUUUAUAAAAGCAAGAUCAGUUCUUACCAAUUCUUUCAAAAUUUUGAGUAAUUCAAUUUCUUUAUCGGUGAAUGUUUCUUCGAGUUUAUGUAAUAUAAUGUUAUUUAUCAGUACAGUGAUGAGCAAAUAUACCGCAGCGAUUUGUUCGACAUGUCUCAAGGGAAGAAGUAUCAGAACAUUCUUGAAGCUUAGAGUGAUUUUCCUACGCAGCAUCCGGCUUGUCUCGCAAUUCCCCGUUCGAAUAAAAGUCCUUGUGUCCUAGUCGAUUUUCAAUCCCGAAGAUUUCUUUUCGUAAACUGAAUUAUUCAGUUACUGUCGCAAACGUCUGGAUAUAUCCAGAUUAAAUCGCGUUCAUUCCACGUAAACCAUUUGGAGAAUGUUAUCUUUUCCAUCGAUAGAUCAGUUACAUCUAUCUUUUUGUUUUUACGCAUGAUAUAACACUCUAUCCGCAUCGUAAAAUUAAUAAUGUAUAUAAUAACCGAAAGUAGAAUCAUGUUGGACGAUCAACUAUGCUUAUAAUUGGCACGAUAUUUACGUUUAAUGUAUUACGGUCGGUCAAUGAUGACCGCUUGCUAUUCCUGUAUCCAACAGAUAUGCUUUGAUGUUCUUUAGAUACAAAGAUAUUGCGUGAUGUUUAGAUUUGCGAAUAUACUCCAAUAUUGCUUUAUUUAGAAUAAAAAUGUUACUUGUACUCAAUAGUAAAUUCAUGUAAUUUUACAUAUCUCGAACAAUUAGCUAACGAAUACAGCUUCUAUUAAUUUGUUAUUGUACAUUCACAUUAAGUAACUUUUUAAAUAAUUAUGAUUAAUAAUCGAAACAAUGGAUGGAAAAAAUGUGAACCAUUGCGGCUUUGAGAAAAGAAUUUACAAUAAUUAUAAUUACAACAAAUAUUUUGCGAAUAUUUAUCUCACGCCGUCAUACCAUUAUGUCAAUUAGUUAUACUAAUAUAAAGAUGUUCUUUAAACGGCUGAUUGCUUAUAUAAAUUAUGAGUUAUGUUAAGAACCGUAUAGAUAAGAAUAAUAUUAUUCUUAUAUAAAUAUAAUAAAUAAAUAAGUAAAUGUGAGCAAAAAGAUAGUUAAAUAAAUAUCAUAUUAAUAAUUGAGUGCUAUUAACGAGAUUGAGUACGUCAGUGGUGCUGAGCGCCUUGGAAGGGAUGAAUGUUCCGGAACAUCUCAGGAUUCUUCUGUUGGCGAUAAGGGCGGUAUGCUGCGUGCGUAGUCAGCGUGGGGCUGUUACGCUCUGUGUCUCGGCGUCACAAGUAUUGAUCCUCGUGGAGAGCCACUACGUGAAUGGGUUAUAGCUGUCUCGUACUAUUCCACAAAAUUUCGUCCAUUCCUCUCUUCGUCAUACACAUUUACCACUUCUUCGUGAUCUCGAUCUCCCUCUUAGCCAAAAGCUUUUUGUAUUUUGCUGCUCGUCAUGGAGCGAUAUUCAAUCCCAUGUGUAACGUUGCUGCGAUAUCACACGUAAUGCAUGCACUGUAUUUAUUUGUUUACGUGCAAAAGUAAAUUAUUUUUUUACUAUACGCGAAAAGUGUUAAAGAGUAAUACAGGCUUAUUUAAUUUGGUAGAAAAUAUAAUUUUGCAUAAAUAAAAUAUUUAUCAUAUUAUAUCAAUUAAUCAGAAAAUAAUCUUUUUUUUUCUUCUUAUGAAAAUAGCGCACGUAUCAAGAUAUAAAUGACUUUGUAAUUAUCCCAUAAAAGAGGAGAGAGAUUUUCUAACUUUAGAAGUUAACUUGAUUUUUUAUCUUCGAGAUAUGCCACAUGCUUUUAUUGAUUUUUCUCGCUUCUUGUGAUGUAAAUCGAAAAGAUUUCAACUUUUCAGUUAUCUUUAUCUUUCAUGAGUCAAAUCUUUUAAUUAUUUUAUAACAUUUAAAUAAGCAAUUAAUUAACACGAUAUAUCUUUGUGUAAUUUCUUUUUGCUUUUUCUGUGUUCACGUAUAUACUAUAUCGUUCUUAAUAGUUAGUGCAUUAACAUAUUUUGCGAGUCUUGCAUUUUGGUGCCGCAAUGAGGUAAUAAAGUUAAGUAGUUUAUAACUGCAAGCAGUACACAAUAAAUUGGCUCGUAUAAUUGCGUUGGCCGUAGCGCUAGUACAAUUGUAUGUCUAUAAAGCGAGCAUCAUAUUAAAUGGUAUUAAUAAAUAUAUAAAAUACCUCUUAUUAUGCAAGAAAGAACAUCAGUCUUAUUUUUAUGAAUAAAACUGUGAAUAUAGGAAUAUUUUAGUUAACUGAUUUAGUCUUUACUUUGAACCUAUCUUCAAGGGAAAAGUAGUAAUGACGGUAUAUUUCUAGGUUGUAUAUACAUACAUUGUUAUAUAUAUAAAUAUUUGAAAUGUUUAUUCAAAAAAUAAUAUAUAGAUGAUUUAAUACACACAAAAUUGUUAUAUAAUUUUUAAAUACAUUUUUAAUAUUAUGUUUACUCUGUUUUUUUCUUUCUCUUUUUUUCUUCUUUUAAUUAAUUUUAUCAUGACAGAGGAUCAAAUGUACACGUCAUUUAGGAAUGAACAAACAUCGACAAAUCUAUGUGCAAGUCAAGACAUAAUAUUCGAUUUAGAGAAAUAUGGCCUCUAUCUCGACAAGAUUCGAGCAUUCUUUGUCCCUAGUCUGGAAUAUAGAGUCCAUUCUUUGUUGGAAGAAUUCAUGUAUAGUACAAAUUCUCGAUGGGCCAAGCAAUUUCCAUAUUUCAAGAAAUUCAUCAACGCAAUAGUUACGUGGAAGGAUCCUUUGAACGGAGCAAUUAAAUACGAUAUCGAUACGGUGGAAGAAAUGAUGAAAAAUAUCAUCAAACGCAUGAUAAAGGAUGAUCUAAUUACUUGCUUUCUGGAUUCUGUCAUUUUGCAUCACAGGCUAACUAAAGUUUGCCAUAAACUGGACGCAAUGAACAUUGAAGACAAUAUUUUAAAGAGCUUGAACACGUGGAUUUUUGUCAAUAAACGAGACUAUUUGUUAAAUCAAAAUUGCUUCAUGAAUUUCAAUACUACAAUGGAUUGUAAGAUGAAUUUGAACACGAUAUUCUGCAAUGCAGAAGAAUCAAUUAAAUAUAAAAAAGCUGACAAACUGUUAGCAAAAAACAUUUAUGACAGAAAUAUCGAACAUACGCGAUCAAUAAUGUCGGAAUAUCAAGAAUGUCAAGGAAUUCUUGACUUGAAUAGAAAUUUUAUUCAACAAAGAGAAGAUAAUUCGAAUCAUUAUUCUACCUAUGUUAUAACUGGAUCACAAAAUAGUAGUACUAAUAAAAUAAACAGACCUUUUAAUAAGAAAUCUUGCAAUACCGAAUCAAAGAAGAUAAGGAACAGCUUGAAAAUGAAAAUAAUUGUUCAUACGGUGUAUCUGAAAGAUAAUGAAUAUUCGACAUUCUCGAACUCUACUGUCACUUGCUUAUCUUUGCCUUGCAAACCGAGCAAUUUAAUUAAUCGAAUUUUUGAAGCUGAUCCAUCUUUAACCGAAUCUUGCUUGAUAGUGAUGAAGAAAAAAUUCGAGGACAGCAUGUACAAUGUUUGCUCGUGUCUAAAUGAUAGUCUUGAAAAGUUAAAUGUCAAGCUGCAAAAAAUCUCCAUUGCAUUAUGUCUCAAUUGCGAAAUAUAUCCUGGAUAUAUUAGUUUCAAGUUAAAAACCAGCAAUAUAAAAAAAUGCCUUUUCGUUGCAAGAGUACCAAUUUGUCAGAAUGUUCAUAAAUAUACGAUUCAACAAGAUUUCUCUAUUUUGUCUUCUAGCUCAAAUUCGGGUGCUGAAUCAAAAAAUUUUGAACAAUAUAAAGACGUUAAUUCGAAUUUUAAUGAUACACUUGGGCAUAUUGAUGAAGAAAGUAAAGAGAUCAACCCAUACUGUUCACGAUCCCAUCGAAGCUUCAAAAAAGACAUCUCAAUAGAUAUGUCGCAAAACAAAACAGAAAAUGUUAAUAAGAAAAGAAUUACAUGCAUGACUGAGCUCACUGAGAAUGUUUCGAGUUGUGUUCCAAAUCUCACAAUCUUCUCUUGCAAAGAUAUUGUCGAAAAAAUAGCAUGCCUCGAUAAUUCUGAAGAAAGAAAUAAAGAAUCCUGUAAAGUUUUGAAUUCAAGAGAAUUCAAUAAUGAUGACAAUGUGGAAAACUGUAGAGAAAAAAUUCUGGAGUUGAAUAAUUCAGUUACAAUGAAUGACACGGAAUUAGUAAAUGCAAAUUGCAUGUGUUUAUCAUGUGAAAACUUUAUCAAAACAAACAAUAAAAUUGAAGAUAUUUUUAGUAAUAAAGAUUUGGACAAUUUCUCGCAUAUCACAGGCAUCAAUGAAUGCGAUUGGACUUACUCGUCCAAUAAAAAAUUGAAUUUACAAAAUGGAGUUUUUAAUAUUAAUACAUGCAGUAUUACAUCAUUCGUACAAAAUUCCGAGUAUGAUAAACAAUUAAUAGAAUUAAAUUGUAAUCGUUUCUCAAACAACAAUAUCAAUGCGAUCGAUAAACGCUUCAGUACGCAGGAAAAUAAAAGCUCGUUAAAUUUAGCGAAAGUAGAAACUGAAUGUAACUCAUAUUGUUCCUGCCGUUGCGACAAUAUUAUAGACAUCACACUCUUUAAUGAUAUUUCUAAGGACAAUAUUGUUUGUGCUUUUGAAACACCGCAGGAUAAUUUUAAUGCAUUAAAAGUUCAAAAUACGGACUAUUCCAAAACGCAGAUGUCAUCUAGAAACAAUAAUUUGCUAACAAUUUCGGUUCAAAUGCCUAAAUCAAAGACAUUAUCGAAAGGAAUUAUCAAAAGAAACGUGAAUGCAUGUCCUCGAACAGCUCGGUUGACUUUUAAUGAUAAUAAAAAUAUAUCCACUGUCGUAAAAGAAAGCAAUAGAUACAAUGAACUAACAAAUUUUUCUACUCAUGCUUCAAUCGUUUCCAGAAAAGGAAAUAAAAUUCUUCCUGUAAAGGAGGCAAUUUUCAAUGGAACGCAAGACUUUAUUACACCAUCGGGAAGAUUUUUUGCGUCGAAAGAAAAAUUUCGAUCUAAUAAAGACUCAAGAAGUUCUGAUAUCUUAACAAGAGAAUAUCUACGUGCGGAAAAUUAUUCGACGUAUGUGGCUACCAAUGCAUCGUUACACCGUCGUUCAUUCACAACGACUAAAUUUGCAAGUGACAGGCGAGAUGAAUUCCAAAAGUUUAACAAAUCAAAAACACUGUCAAAACUUCGUGAACACGGAUGCGUGAGAUCACAAAACGGUAUUCAUAAUUCGACAACAAUCAAGAAUAAAACAAUGUUUGACAGAUAUUCAAGUGAUUAUCCUACAGAAACACAAUCACAAACGAGACUCACGAUAAAAAAAUUCCGAAAUUCCGUUGACAAAAUAAAACGUUUGAUUCGUGCAAAGCUAGGAAGGAUAUUGUUUAAUAGUAAAACAGACAAUAACAAUGAAAUGAUCAAAACGUUUUGGAGAAGUAAAGAAUUUUUUAACGAUAGAAGGAAAAAGAGCAAAAAUUUACAAAAGAGACAAAGUCACGGCAUAACUUCAUAUUCGACUUGUAAUUGCUACAGGCGAAGUUAUACUACAUUUUCUCGUGAAUCUUCCAAUGUGAUUCUAACAAUUUGUAAAACAAAGAAAAAAAGGAAAAAUAAAGAGAAGAUAAAAUUUUGCGACCACAGAUUGGCGAAUGAUAACAAGGCCUUGUUAAGCUUUCACUCGAUCAAAGCUCCCCUCUGGUCUUAUGAUUUCUCAACUUCUACAACUAAAGAUAUAGAAAAGCACAAAUUAAAUAGAAAUAAUAGGUUACAAUACAAUCGACAGAAAAAAAUUGGAAAUGUUAUAAACUGCGGCAGAAACUCUCACCAAUGGAAUUUAAAAAAUUCAAGCAUAAGUAUAACAAUUUCUUCACAAUCAACUGAAUUAUCUGAAGAUAAUAAAUGCAUCUGUAAGCAAAUGCAUAAUCAAAAUCAACAUGAAAAUAAACAUGAGAAACAGGAAUGUGCACAAUAUAGGAACAAAAACAAAUAUCAAGAUAUACUGAUUGAAUGCUCUAUUGUUAAUAGCAAUAAAUCUUCAAAAACAUCAUUGUCACACACGAGAGACGCUAAAAAUGGAUAUAAACAAUUUUAUGAUAUACCUAAUUUAAGAAAUGUAAAGAAAUUUGCGUCUUCAAAAAAGAAGAAUAGACAAGUAUUUAAGAAAGAUAUGUUCGAUCGUUUCGAUGACAGUCUACGUGAAAGAUUACAUAUCUUCACAAUUUUAACCGAUGCUUGCAAUGAUUACAUAGAUGAUUUAGACUUAGAUUUCAAAUUGAAGUUGUUGCGAUACAUAAAUCUUUGCAAAAGCAUCAAACAUUUAUUGAUGAAGACGUUACGACCGGACGGUAUUUACGAAAUUAGCACGACAUCGGUGUCUGAUAGCGAUUUAUAAUUUAUAAAAAAUAUGAUUUAUUUGAUAAUCUCCCAUCGACAAUUUGCACAUUUUUAUUUUGUGAGAAAACAUGAAAUAAUCAUUCAUCAAUUUCCUUGUUAGAAUCGCCAAUAGCGAUGAGCUUGUCAGAGCAGAUCACUUUUCCUUUAUGGAUUAAAUUAUAUGCACGUAGACGUUCACUUUGGCACGUUAGAAUGAUAGUGAAAUCCGAGUUGUUCAGGGCGUCCGACUUCGAAGAGAAGAUAAAGUAUUGUACCAACCAUUGAGAACAGCAGCAUCCAUCCCUCCGAGCAGAUCGAUAUUUCCUGGCAACCACCGGAAAGGGUGUCUACCCUCAAUUGCUCUGUGUUUGUAACAAUGCAAGUUGGCUACCGAAUCUGAAGGAGGAUUCUUCAAUGCUUAUUUUUCAUUUCUUAGCUUUUUGUCAUCCAAGGAAAAAAUCUUCAUACCAAGGAUCAAAGUAUAGAUCAAAUUAUAUCAGAGCAGAUGUAAUUUUAUCAAUCGAUUUGUAAAAUUAGAUCUGCUCUGAUAUAUUUAAUCUAUUUUAAUAUCAAGAUUUUUUUCCUAAAAUGGAAGAUUUAAUUGAAAAUAAUUAAAAUCUUAGAUAUUAUAAAACUACUUAUUCCAAUUUUAAAGUCAAUUUCAAGUAUUUGAACAGAAUCAAAAUUAAUAUUUAUGCCGGCAAAAUUUGGAAAGUUUUCAUUAUUUGUGUCAAUCCAUUCAGAUAUAAUUAUUGACUUUAACGGAAAUUUUGUCGCUUUAUUAAGUUUUGAAAUUUUAUUGUA